CCUCUCUCUCUGCACUCUCUGCCCUCGCAAACCACGAGUCGAUCAGCAAUCACCUGAUCACAGCACAAGCACGCAGAACCAAGUCCUCCUGUCACAAUGGAUUCCUGGGAUAGCCAGACUCCUUCGCCCGACAUCAAGUUCGAGAACUCGCCCGCCGAGUCCUUCCUCUCGACCCCGGGCGACAUGUAUCCGUCUCUCUUCGGCUCAUCGCCGGCGACAACCAUGAACCCCCUUGAGAUCAUGACUCCCCAGUCAUUCACCGACGAGAAGAACUCCGACCUUUCACUUCUGUCGGGCUUGACCACCAGCCUUCCAGAGUCACCUUCCACCCCAGGCGCUACCGCCUCGGAAAAGAGGGCGGCUAAGAAGAGGAAGUCGUGGGGCCAAGUCCUCCCAGAGCCGAAGACGAACCUGCCUCCGAGGAAGCGUGCCAAGACGGAAGACGAGAAGGAGCAACGCCGAGUCGAGCGUGUUCUCCGGAAUCGGCGUGCCGCUCAAUCAUCUCGAGAGCGGAAACGCCUCGAGGUUGAGGCAUUGGAGCGACGGAACCAGGAACUGGAGUCGAUGCUUCGUCAAGUCCAACAGACCAACCUCACCCUUGUCGAGGAGCUACACAAGUUCCAACGUACCUCGGGCGUUGUCCCGAGGUCUUCGCCACCCUUUGAUGGCCUCCGGCCAAACCCGGUUACCUUCUCGCAGGAGCUCUUCGGCUCUCAAGACGGCCACAGCACCUCGCUCGAGCAUGGAAACCGGUGUUAUGAAGAUCUCCUUAUGUCCACACAGUCCAACAGCACAGUCAACCCCGCCGCGCUCUCUCCUGCGCUCAGCCCUGUUGCCGAUGAAGAGGAGGAUGAGCCCGCAACCCCGGAUGAGGCUGUGGGCGCCGCUACCCCCGAGAACACUUCCCCCGAUGCGACACAACAUCCUGCCGCGAUGUUGUGUGAAGACCUGCAGUGUCGGUCGGCGGAAGUGUCUCGGUCGUGGCUGACGGCGUCCCAAUCACAGCUCCAUCCGGCUCUAGCUCUGCUCUUGCCGCUCCAGCUUCUUCUGACCUCCACGUCAGUGAUGCUUUCAGUAUGUCAGCGGCCCUUGAUGCAGAUCGCUAUGUCCUUGAAAGCGGGCUUCUCGCUUCCCCCAACUCCCUCGAUCUUGAAUACGAUCAUCUGGCUGGUGACGACACCUCAGCCUUCCCUUUCCCCCCGACGGGCCACCAGAACAUGGAGCUCUUCGACAUCAACGAAUUCCUCAAUGACGAACUCAACGUCCUCUCUGCCAACGAGCAGCAGCAGCAGCAGCACCCAGAUGACUGCGCAGUCGCAGACUCGUCGCUCCUCGACCCUAAGACUCAAAUCUCUCCGGAAGAUCCUAUCCAGCAGCCCCACUCUGGCGCGUCCACUUAUGGAUGCGACGAUGGCGGUAUUGCGGUUGGCGUCAUCUGAGAGUCACGAAGUCGUCCGGGGUCCAGGAGACGGCGCGUCGGCGACGGCCGCAGUCGACGGGUUUCCGUCGCAGCAGCAGCCCGAUGGCCAGGGGACUACCUGGCUGAACGGAGCCGUGCCACCGUCGAAGGAAGUCCUGCUCACAUUACUGUGGGCCAUAAGAAUCGAAGAGCGGAGGAUCCAGAUCAGGGAUCGGAUCGCCGCCUCGAAGAGGGAACCCGGAAGGCAGAGUGUCUCUGAUAGGAUGACACCAGCAAACAACAAACAACAGAAGUACGUAUUGGAAGUGGUCCCAAAGCGGGCCAGGGAGGCAAAUGGACAUGAUUAUGGCAGGGGUGCUUUGAAGCGUCGCUUUCGGUAAACCGGUGGAUGGGAUAAAAAGCGAACCGGAUUUGGGUGGCGUUGGUCGGAGUAUGAUGAUGAUGCGCUCUAUGUACUAAGGUAUCUGUACUACCAUGU